AGUAGGCUGAGACACAAGGUCCAGUUGAGUGUAUCCCAGCCCAUUUGCCUUCACUGAGCCCAGAUCUUCAUCUGCCCUGAGAGUAGGGGUCAGCCCAGACAACAACUGCUGGGCCACCAGAACCCCCGCCCCGGAUGGAACCUUUCUUGGUAUCUUCUAAGCAGAUGCCCCCGACCAGACUGGAGAUGCAGGGCUUGGAAACCGCAAAAUGCCAUGUCUGAGGGAGAGGAAAGAACAAACCAGGCAGCACACAGAGCUCUGUGUAUUCAGAGGGAAGUUGGCAGGGUUGUGCCUGGGCACAGAAACUCCGAGUGGUACAGAGGGACGUGCCCAGAGUGGAGAAAUCAUGCUAAUUGUCUGCUCCAGGGCUGGAGAACGCCACCCAAAAUGAAGAGAGAAAGGGGAGUCCUAUCCAGAGCCUCCAGGGCCCUGCACCUUGCUCCUUUUGUCUACCUGCUUCUGAUCCAGCCAGACCCCCUGGAGGGGGUGAACAUCACCAGCCCAGUGCGUCUGAUCCACGGCACAGUGGGGAAGUCGGCCCUGCUUUCUGUGCAAUAUAGCAGCACCAGCAGCGACAAGCCUGUGGUGAAGUGGCAGCUGAAGCGGGACAAACCAGUGACUGUGGUGCAGUCUAUUGGCACAGAAAUCAUUGGCACCCUGAGGACUGACUAUCGAGAUCGUAUCCGGCUCUUCGAAAAUGGCUCCCUGCUUCUCAGUGACCUGCAGCUGGCAGACGAGGGCACCUAUGAAGUGGAGAUCUCCAUCACUGAUGACACCUUCACAGGAGAGAAGACCAUCAACCUCACUGUGGAUGUGCCCAUUUCCAGGCCACAGGUGUUAGUGGCUUCAACCACUGUUCUGGAGCUCAGUGAGGCCUUCACUCUCAACUGCUCCCAUGAGAAUGGCACCAAGCCCAGCUACACCUGGCUGAAGGAUGGCAAACCCCUCCUGAAUGACUCGCGAAUGCUGCUUUCCCCUGACCAAAAGGUGCUCACCAUCACCCGUGUGCACAUGGACGAUGAUGACCUAUACAGCUGCUUGGUGGAGAACCCCAUCAGCCAGGUCCGCAGCCUGCCCAUCAAGAUCACCGUGUACAGAAGAAGCUCCCUCUAUAUAAUCUUGUCUACAGGAGGCAUCUUCCUUCUUGUGACCUUGGUGACAGUCUGUGCCUGCUGGAAACCCUCAAAAAAGUCUAGGAAGAAGAGGAAACUGGAGAAGCAGAACUCACUAGAAUACAUGGAUCAGAGUGAUGACCGCCUGAAAUCAGAAGCAGACACCCUGCCACGAGGUGGAGAACAGGAGCGGAAGAACCCGAUGGCACUCUAUUUACUGAAGGACAAGGACUCCCAGGAGCCGGAGGAGAACCCCGCUCCCGAGCCCCGGAACACGACAGAGCCUGGUCCACCCGGCUACUCGGUGUCGCCGCCGGUGCCGGGUCGCUCGCCCGGGCUGCCCAUGCGCUCCGCCCGCCGCUACCCACGCUCGCCCGCCACCGGGCGGACGCACACGUCGCCGCCGCGGGCCCCGAGCUCGCCGGGCCGCUCGCGCAGCGCCUCGCGCACACUGCGGACUGCGGGCGUGCACAUCAUCCGCGAGCAGGACGAGGCCGGGCCGGUGGAGAUCAGCGCCUGA